GUCUUCAGGCCGUAACCGGAGUGGUCUUCUUGACAUUUAUCUUAGGAACGUUUUAUCGUAGCGCAUCUUUGUAUCAUCCCCAAAGAAGAGCAAUUCUUCAUCUAAAAAACCAAAAAAGAAAAAUCAAGGAUAAAAAUAAAAUGGAUGACAAACCACCCUUUUUCGACUUCAGUACUCUCCGUAGUAAAACAGUAAGGAUAUUGUUAGUAUCGACAGGGAUAUCGGCCUUUGGGAUCAAUACACCAAUAUUUUAUUUGGCUCACCAAGCCGAAGAAGAAGGUUUGGGUGAUAUGGUGGUACUUCUCCAAGCAUACCUUGGCUUAGCUUGGACUCUUGGAUGCGUUGCCUUUGGUCUUUUGGUGGUUAAUCACAGCGUGGAAUGCAGAAUAGCCAGACAGUAUCUGACGCAGGCUGCAGUGUUCAUGUGUGGAUUGUGCAUCCUUGCACUUACUGCAGUCCACGGGAACUAUCAUGGCUAUGUCAUGUUUACUUGGAUUUACGGCAUCCAGCCCUCGAAAAGUUUCACCGAGUAG